AUUGACGUCACACUACAGGAAGUAAACAUUAGCUCAUAGUUAUCUUGGUGAUCGAAAUAGCUCGGAUAUUAUUCUAUUUUACGAAGAUGGCGUGAGCAGCACCUUUCAUCGCGACAGCGUCAAGCCAACGACCCUCAAAGCAUGGCGGAGGUGCUGGGACAGAAGUGUUUGGUGGUCUUGGGUGUACUGCUGGCUUGGCUGGUACUUUUUCAUCUGCUUGUUAAUAUUUGGCUGCUGUGCAUGUUCACAAGCCUGCUGGUGGUACUUGGUGGGUGGCUUGGCUCACAGGCGAUAUUGGAAUCCAACAGCUUGAUUCACCUGGAGAGAUUUAUCAAACUGCAACAGAUUCCUUCCACUGAGGAGGAUGAGCAUGACUUGGAUCAGGAGAUUUAUAAUACUGUGGGGAAAAUCAUCAGGGACUUUGUUACCUCCUGGUACUCUACUGUGUCCUCUGAGAGUGGCUUUGAAAAGGAGGUUGAAGAGGCCAUGAUAUCCAUGGGCAUUGAGCUGAAAAAGCGUGCAAAGCAGCUGGACAGAAAGAGAAUGACCCAAAGGAUCUUGGAGCUGUUUGGUUGCCAUCUACAGGACUACCUUAGAGCCAAGGAUCUGGUUAUCCAGCAGCAGGUGUCUUCAAGAGGGAGCAAUGACAGCAAGAAAUUGUGGCUGGCGUAUUCUGGUAUUACCGCAACUCAUUUUGUCAUGACCAGUGAGGCAGCAGAAGUCAAUUACACACGAGCAAUGGUGGACUUACUGCUGCAUGUUUUAGUGCCCCGGCCUUACUUGGAAACCCACACUGGACAAUUUGUUGUUGGAGAGCUCAUCACUUGCAACGUCUUGCUCCCCCUUUUUGAUAAAUUGUCUGACCCUGACUGGCUAAAUCUUUUCAUGAUAGAAAUAUUUGGCAGAUCUACUAAAGCAAAGGCUGUGAAUGGAGAAGAGUGCCUACAUUCACCAUUAUCCCCAACACCUACAGAAUUAGAACUCACUCUAUCGCAAGAGUUCACAUUGGCACUUCAGAAUAAUACUGAUGUCUCUCUGCCAAAAGCUCAAACAGAAACAGGAACCCAUGCAGAUAUGGCCAUGCAUGAACUAGCGGUAUUUGAUAGGGAUGAGUCAGAGAUUGUGGACUGUCAAAAGACCAAUACUGAAGAUGAGACAAUUCAUUUGUUCUCAAGAAAUUUGGUGAGAAGAAGCAAAUCAAAUCCCUUUUACCAAGAACAUGAUUCUGAUUUGGACUCUCCGUUAGGUGACUACAAACAGAGUUCCAUUGACUCGCUGGUCAUGAUCGGACAAGAGGAGGGCUUUUAUGACCAACAGAAAAAAUGUGGCACAUCUGUUGACAGCAACAAUAGCAAUGACUUGGAGGAUCUUUGCUUCAUUCAGGAAGUUGGCUCUUGUCUUAGAGGGGCAAAUUCAGAGACAGAGUAUUUAAAUGACCCAACGGAAAAGAGUGCAGAGAGCACUCCCAUCGGCAGCCUUCAGAACUUGGAGAGGGAAGGUAGCUUUGCUUCAACAACCCUAGCGAGGGAGUUUCCUCUGGUUGUAGAACCGCCUGGGAACACCAAUGAAGGUAUUGUCAUGAGCCCAGUACCAGGUUCCUCACCCUUGCCUUCAUUUAGUUUUGAGCCCCUUAUCAGCCCUGAUGGACCAAUCAUUAUCCAAAACCUUCGAAUAGCUGGCACCGUCACAGCUAAGGAACACCGUGGCACCGGCUCACACCCUUACACUCUUUACACCAUCAAGUAUGAGACAGCGAUGAGUUGUGAAACCCCUGGGCACAUCCAACCAUGCUCUGAGGAUGGCAACACAUUGCUCAUAGGUUUCGAAAGCUCUUCUUCUAUUCAGCCUGUGGCCUAUCACAUGGUCAACAGGCGAUACAGUGAAUUUCUUAACCUCCAAACACGAGUGGAAGAGAAAACAGACCUAAAGAAAUUAAUCAAAGGUGUAAAGGGUCCAAAGAAAAUAUUUCCAGAUAUGCCAUUUGGAAACAUGGACAGUGAUAAGAUCGAGGCUAGGAAAGGAAUGCUUGAGACCUAUCUCAAGCAUCUCUGUGCUAUACCCGAAAUAGCCAACAGUGAACAGAUGCAAGAGUUUCUGGCUCUCAAUACAGAUGCCCGGAUUGCCUUUGUCAAAAAACCUUUUAUUGUGUCACGCAUUGACAAGAUUGUGAUGAAUGCAAUCGUGGACACCCUGAAAACCGCUUUUCCUCAUUCCGAGCCCCAGAGCCCAACUGAGGAAAAUGAAGGCGAGGUGAUCACGGACAAAAAGAGCAAGUCACGUCUGAAAUUCUCCAGUAGAAGCAUCCCCUUUAUGAAUGGCUCAGAUAUUAGACUACCUGUAUUGUUCAGCUCGGAACAAACUCACACUAUGUUUAAUGGGAUGUCUUUGGAGGAUCUGCAAAGUUUUAUCUCAAAACAAGAGAAACUAUCUAUCACACUUCUGCCAAAUUGUGGGGAUGAUUCAAAGGUUACACAAAGAGGACAACGCUGGCAUGAAUGCUCUACUGGUAGUCAAAGACAUGAUGAAACAGCUUUGGCUGACGUAGCUUUGAACAUCCUGUGUCUGCUCAUGAGAGAGCAGUGGAGUUGGCUUUGCACUGAGAAUAUUCAAAGGACCAUCAGGCUACUUUUUGGGACCCUUAUUAACAGAUGGCUGGAUGUGAGUGUGGCCAACCUGACAUGUAUCAGAUACUGGGUACAUUACCUUCAGGUCAUCCAGGAGUCUGUGUGGCCAGGAGGAGUACUGCCCAAUUCCCCUCAAACAGAACGAAGUCAGAGGCAGAAAGAUGACACCAAGAAUCAAGUGUUAUAUUGUCUAAUGGGUCUUAUGCCAGAUUUAUUUUCAGAUUUGCUUGGCUCAAACAAGUACAAGCUCAGUUGGCAGAUUGUUAUUGAGUCCUUCCAGGACCCCUACAUUAACAGACACCUGGUUUACUGUCUUUGUGACCUUUUAUUGGAGUUCCUAGUCCCUGAAUUACCGGAGAAAAGUUUUCAGAGGAGUUUGCUGCAGAGCCUUGCCAAGAACCCAGAGAAGCUCUUGGCAUGAGGAAAAACCACAAACCACAAUUUGUUUUUUUGUGCCAAAUCUGAUCCUUCAGCACGGGGGCUUCUGCCGGUGGCCUUAAACACCCUCAAACGUUACUUAUGACUGUUGCCAAGUGAUCAGACUACUGUAAUUGUUACACAUGCAUACAAUAAUUGGGAAUAAUAUGGCUUUGACAAAACCAACUCCAAUUUGUUCCGCGAUUCUGUUCACAUUUUCUUGUCACAUCUAUUUAUAGAGUGGAGAAAACGAGUAUUUGGUGCCCUGCAGAUUUUGUCAGUCAAUCCCCUUGCAAAGAUAUGAACAGUCCAUACUUUUUAUUGUAGGUUUAUAUGUAACAGCCAGUCAGAAUGUGAGAACAGUAAGAAAUAGAGGUUAUGGGUCCAUGGUCCUCACAAAUGAGUCAUGUUCCUUUAGGAAAGUACCCCUGAUCUCAACUCUUUAUGUGUGACACAACCAUGGGCAAGACCAAAGAGCUGUCGAAAGACGUCAGACAAGAUUGAGACGUGCACAGGACUGGAAUGUAUUACAAGACCGUCAGCAAGAAGCUUGAGUUAUUGGAGCUCUACUGAACCUCCACUGUACCUCAAUGCAAGAUUUCACCUACUCGGGUAAGGAUGAUGCUUAGAAAGGCGAGGGACCAGCCAAGCAAUACAAAGAAGGAACUAGUUAAUGACUUUAAAGGGGAACUGCACUUUGACAUGAUGACGGAUGGAUUUUUCGUGAUCACUUCCGGGUGUGCCUAUGUUUACAUCAUCGAGUGGUCUGCUGCUUCCUCGUGUUCUGCUCCCUAUAAGUUUAUUGUAGAUCAUAAAUCAUGCAUCUCACCUGAAAAAUAGAUGGCUGAGGAGAUAAUCGGACCAGUUGGGACACUUUGACAGCCGUUUCCUACCUGGAACUGGCGAGAACGACACGAAAAGUGCUUGUUCACCCCUAGCCCUCACCACCACGUUGUUUCACGAGGAUUAUGAGACAUUUUUAAUCUAAAUGGAAGUAUAUGAACAUCCUAGCAGUCGGCUUCCUAAUGACAGCAGACCUUGUACAGUAAGUUAUGUUUUAUUAUGUUUGUUGGCUCUCAAAGUCUGCUUUGAGCACAAAAAAGCAAAUGUGAUGCGGGUUUGAAAUGAAUGCGCCACGUAUGCUUAAGAUGAUCAAAAUAUCUACAUUUUAAAUGUUAAUGUCUGUUAGUACAAGACGUACAGUAUAUAGUUACAUCAUGUUGGAUGGAUGGAUGUAUAUAAAACCCUAAUGGAGGUGUUUGGAUGUUUUUUAGGGGCUCUAUAGGCAGAAUUGAGCGGCUCCUAUAGGCUCCAUUGGUAAUCAAAUGUAUUUGUAUUUAGAAUGC